UUUAAUUUAUUAUAAAUAUGAACUAAAUAAAUAUUAUAAUGACUACAUUUAUUAAAUUUGACCUCAAGGAAUUGAAAAAAUUAGCUAACGAUAAGAAUUCUUGUGUGGUGGAAAAGAAAGUGGUACAAAACUUAGCACUGCAACCAUGGUGUCUGCGAAACGUGAAGGAGUCCAUUAAAAAUCUUUUGGAUUAUAAAAUAGGCAAAUUUGACAAAGAAUACAAUGGUAUUCUUUUAAGUUAUAAAAACUUGCAAGUGUUACAAAAUGUUGGUGCUAUUCGCAAUGAUAAUGCAGACAUUCAUUUCCAAGUCCAGGCAGAUUACUUCAUAUUCCAACCAUACAUUGGAGCCACAUUAAAAGGUGUUGUAAAUAAAAAAAGCAAUACUCAUCUGGGUAUUCUUGUACACAGGGUGUUCAAUGUGGUAAUUCCCAGGCCAACAGAGGAGCCGGGAAAUGAUUGGAUAGGGGCGAGUGUGGAAGAGGGUCAGGAAGUUGUGUUCCAAAUUGUUGUAUUGGACCUUUUUGGAGCACUACCCUAUAUAAGGGGGAAACUUGAUGAGAGGUGGCUGGAACUAGAAGUCAAUGAUGAUGACACUGAAGAGUCAAAAGCCAAUAAAGUUAUAAAUGUCUCGUACAUAAAUUUUGACAAAACAAAGCCAGAAGCUAAUAACUCAAAACCCAGUGAGGAUCCACCGUCAACUAAAAAAAGGACAAGCACUUGUAGUGUUAUCGAAGAUGUGAAUGAUACAAAUGUUACCUCUACUAGUGACAUUGAAAAUAUAGCGAGUACACCACCAAAAAAGAAAACAAAACGGGAAAGCACAGCUGAAAAGGAACAUAAAUCAAAAUCAAAAAAAAGAAGAAAAGAAACAGAUUAACUAUA